AUUGCACGACCUCUUUCUAUCAUCAUUCACAGUUUCUGUUACUUGUGCACUCAAUGAUCCCAUCAUUGAUGCCAUUUAUAUAUCUCUCCUCUUCUUCAACUCAUUUGCAACAACCAAAAUAAAAAACCCCUCUCCUAGAAAUAUAUAAUAUAUCCCUAUCCAUCCUCUCACAUGGCUCUUUAUGUUUUCUCCCUUAUUGUUUUACUCCUCACUUGUUCAUCCUCAGGGCUUAAGGGCGCCUCGAGUGAUGAUCAGACACAAUUCUUCAGUCUCAUGAAAAAGUCUCUUUCGGGGAAUUUGUUGUCUGCUUGGGAUGUGAAUGGAUCGCAACCAGUUUGCAAAUACAGAGGUAUUGAAUGCAACAAUCAGGGUUUUGUUGUAAAGAUUGAUAUCUCCUGGUGGGCACUUACUGGUAGUUUUCCGGAAGAUGUGUGCACUUACCUUCCUGAAUUGCGUAUCCUUCGCCUUGGAAACAACCACCUGCGUGGAAAAUUUCCAUACAGCAUAACCAAUUGCUCUUUCCUUGAGGAACUGAACAUCACCACAUCAAAUCUAACUGGAACACUACCAGACUUGUCGCCGCUCAUUUCUUUGAAGAUACUUGAUUUAUCAAGUAAUUACUUCACUGGUGAAUUCCCCUUGUCAGUUACCAACCUCACCAAUCUUGAGAUUCUGAAUUUUAAUGAAAAUAGCGGUUUUAACCCAUGGCAACUGCCUGACAGCUUCACCAAGCUGACAAAACUCAAGUACAUGGUGAUAUCAACUUGCAAAGUUCAAGGUCGAAUUCCAGCAUUUAUAGGGAACAUGACAUCGCUUGUUGAUCUUGAACUGGAUGGGAAUUUCUUCACAGGUAAAAUUCCCCCAGAACUUGGUUUGCUCAAAAACCUGCAGUCAUUGGAGCUUUAUUAUAACGAGCUUGUUGGAGAAGUACCCGAGGAACUUGGAAAUCUUACGGAGCUCAUAGAUUUUGACAUUUCUGUUAAUUUUUUGACCGGAGAAAUUCCAAAGUCCUUAUGUAGCCUUCCAAAGCUUGAGGUCCUGCAACUUUACAACAAUAGUCUUACAGGAAGGAUCCCUGAAGUGAUCGCAAAUUCAACAACCUUGAGGAUAUUAUCUCUUUAUGACAAUUCACUGACAGGACAAGUUCCGAAAAAUCUAGGGAAGUUCUCCCCUAUGAUUGCUUUUGAUCUGUCCGAAAAUCAGUUAUCCGGGGAACUGCCAGCUGAUACCUGCAAAGGAGGUAAGCUGCUAUACUUCUGUGCCCUGGAUAACAUGUUUUCUGGAACACUUCCAGAAAGUUAUGGAAGCUGUCUAUCUCUUCUACGUCUUCGUGUCAGUCAAAACCGUCUAGAAGGUUCCAUACCAGAAGGGAUAUUAGGCCUUCCCCGGGUUUCAAUCAUCGAUUUGGGUUACAAUAAUUUGAGUGGUUCACUGGCCAAAACAAUCGGAAAUGCUAAGAACUUAUCUGAACUGCUCAUACCCAGAAACAUGAUAUCAGGUAUUCUCCCUCCUGAAAUCUCACAUGCUACCACUCUGGUUAAAAUUGAUCUCAGCAAUAACCUUUUAUCCGGUCCAAUACCUUCUGAAAUCAGCAACUUAAAAUGGCUAAAUUCAUUGAUUUUGCAAAAAAACAAGCUCAGUUCUUCAAUACCUGAAACCCUAUCAUCAUUAAAAUCACUUAAUGUGCUUGACCUUUCCAGCAAUGUUUUAGAGGGUAAUAUCCCUGAAAGCCUCUCUAACUUGCUUCCUAACUCUAUCAACUUCUCCAACAAUCUGCUUUCUGGCCCCAUUCCUAAGCCAUUUAUAGAGGGGGGACAGUUGGAAAGUUUUUCAAGCAACCCAUCUCUCUGCGUUCCUAAUGAUCUCAGUUCAAAAGAUACAAACUUUCCCACCUGUCCACAAACCUAUAACCGCAAAAAGCUGAACUACACCUGGGUAAUUGGGGUUUCAGUGGGGAUUAUUAUCUUUGGAGGUCUCUUGUUUCUGAAGCGCUGGUUUAGUAAAGAAAGAGCUGUAACAAAACAUGAAGACAGCUUCUCUUCUUCCAACUUCUCAUAUGAUGUCAAAAGCUUCCACCGAAUAAGCUUUGAUCACUAUGAGAUAAUGGAAGCAAUGGUUGACAAGAACAUAAUUGAUCGUGGGGGAUCAGGUACAGUUUAUAAAAUCGAGUUGAGCAAUGGAGAAAUUAUAGCUGUGAAGCGGCUCUGGCGUCAAGCAACAAAAGAUCCUUCUUCAGAUGACCAGGUAGUUAUUAACAAGGAACUGAAAACUGAAGUUGAAACAUUAGGCAGCAUCAGACACAAGAACAUCGUCAAGUUGUACUGCUAUUUCUCCAGCGUGGAAUCAAACUUGUUAGUUUAUGAGUACAUGCCAAAUGGAAACCUCUGGGAUUCACUUCACAGAGGAAAAAUCCAGUUGGAUUGGCCCACUCGACAUCAAAUUGCACUUGGGGUUGCACAGGGCUUGGCCUACUUACACCAUGAUCUAAUGCCGCCGAUAAUUCACAGAGACAUCAAGUCAACCAACAUUUUACUUGAUGUCAACAACCACGCCAAGGUUGCGGACUUUGGCAUUGCCAAAGUUUUGCGUGCACAAGGUGGCAAAGAUUCCACAACAACUGUAAUUGCUGGAACUUAUGGGUAUUUGGCCCCAGAAUAUGCAUACUCUUCCAAAGCAACCACCAAGUGUGAUGUCUACAGUUUUGGUGUUGUCCUUAUGGAACUAAUAACUGGGAAGAAGCCUGUGGAGGCAGAGUUUGGAGAUAACAAGAAUAUUAUAUAUUGGGUGUCCACAAAGGUAGAGACGAAAGAAGGGGUGAUGGAGGUUUUAGAUAAGCAAUUAUCAGGGUCAUUCAAGGACGAAAUUAUCAAGGUACUUCGGAUUGCUGUUCGUUGUACAAGCAAGUCACCAGCCCUUCGUCCGACUAUGGAUGAAGUUGUUCAGUUACUAAUUGAGGCAGAUCCAUGCAAAAUCAGUUCUUUCAAGUCAUCAAAUAAAGUUAAGGAUAUGGAAGAUGUAACAAAGCCUCCAAAGAACCAAUAUGAAUCAUGAUGGGGAUUCCACUUAAAGUAGCAUAGCAUCUCUAUACUCUCGAAAAGUAUUGAGGGCCUAUCUGAGCAUAAGAACUUAGUCGCUUUGUUCCAUCCAAGAAAGUAGUGAUAUAUAGAAUCUAUCGCAUGUCAACUUUUCUUUUUCUGCCUAUUGUAAGUAUUUGCUAAUUUGUAUUAAUAAAAUGACCUACUUUGCUGGCAA